UUUCAAGAUAAAUACAAGGCGGCUGAAGAGUUCACUACAGAAUUGUAUAUAAUCAAACAAUCAAAAUGUCGUUUCAAGACAACACUCCAGUGCCUGAUACUUUUCAGAUCAAAAUAAUGUCCAUGACGGGCCAAAAGUUCAGGAUAAAUGUGUGCGCAUCUGAUCCUGUAAUAGCCGUGUUGACGACACUCGGUAAUUACCUACAAAUUGCCCCGCAGCGUUUACAGUUGAUUUUGAAGAAGAACACUUACACGUCACUAAAUAAUAAUCACAGUAGGAUUGUAUCAUAUGGCGUUCGACAUGGAGAUACGCUAUACUUGCUAUUGAGUACGAUACAAAGUGGACCUUUUUGUUUUACACCACCCGUUAUAUCACAUGAUAUCAAUAAAUUGUAUUCAGUCGUUUGCAAAAAUGUCGACAAAAGUGGAAACACGGCACCUAUAGUGGCCUGGUCUGAUGUUCCAGCCACCACAGCAGCCCCAAUUGUUUCGAAGGAAAGGCAAACUGAAAAUGAGAAACUCAGAGAGAGAAUGAACGAGGUCCGGUCGAGAAUAGAGAGAAGGAAACAUUUGCGACAGGAAACGAUUGGUAUUAACUGAACGGAGCAUUUCAGAGAAAUGAUGAAAGUAUAAAAGAACUUAAAAGUCUUUGUGUACGAAAUCGAGACUUUGAUGUUGUAGAAGUAUUAGUAGAGCUCAGAAUAUUUAUGCCAUCAGUCUGAAACUGCAUUCUUGGCUCACAAUGAGAAAUACGACUGUACAAAAUAAGACUAUGAUUGGCGAGAUUUCGACAUGUCCUUUUUAUUUGUAAUGCAAAUCAUCACGAGCAUCUUCAAAAUGAAAGCAAUCAAAAGCACAUACGAAUAGCAGUUUACAAUGUUAUGUUCCGCCAUGCAAUACGACAAUGAUUGCCCGUUAGUCAGCUACCCGGUCGGGUCGAUGUGUAUGUAGCGAAACGUGAUAUCUUGAUUACCAACGUGCAGAGUCUCGCGUGAUUGGCUUGGUACAGUAUACAUAAACGACAAUUUUUUGAUCUUUAAUAAAAGCCACAUCACUUCUCUACCACGAUUCCGCGACAGUAUUACAGACCAAACGUGUUGUCGCGACAGGCUCCUCGCUUCUUACUUCUUGCUUCUUGCUUCUUGCUUCUCGCUUUUCGUCCCAUUACAUAGACCGAGCAGUGAGCACUGAGCACUGCGCAGGGCCAGAGUUUGACUAACUUGACAC